CUGUGGGGUGGGGAGGAGGGGCCGCGGUGAUCGUGAUUAUCUUUCCCCCUCCCCUGACCCCUCUUGCCCCUUCUCUACACUCACCGCGAGGCAUUGUCCCCCGGCUCCAUCACAACUGCUUCAGUUCCUCCGCGGACGAGGGGCCGACCGUGCGCAUUCGCUGGGCGUGGGGAUGGAGAUUUACAGGAUCGGACGCCAGGAUUUGGGAGACUGGCCUGUGGUUUAGACGGGGCCGCGGUGCGCAGCGGAGCCAUGGCCGUGCCCUUCGUGGAAGACUGGGACCUGGUGCAGACCCUGGGGGAAGGUGCCUACGGAGAGGUUCAGCUUGCUGUGAAUAGAAGAACUGAAGAAGCAGUUGCAGUGAAGAUAGUAGACAUGAAGCGUGCCAUAGACUGUCCAGACAAUAUUAAGAAAGAGAUCUGUAUCAAUAAAAUGUUAAAUCAUGAGAAUGUAGUGAAAUUCUAUGGUCACAGGAGAGAAGGCAAUAUCCAAUAUCUAUUUCUGGAGUAUUGCAGUGGAGGAGAACUUUUUGAUCGAAUCGAGCCAGACAUAGGCAUGCCUGAACAAGAUGCUCAGAGGUUCUUCCAUCAACUCAUGGCAGGGGUGACUUAUCUGCAUGAUAUUGGAAUAACUCACAGGGAUAUUAAGCCAGAAAAUCUCCUAUUGGAUGAAAGGGAUAACCUCAAAAUCUCUGACUUCGGCCUGGCAACAGUGUUUCGGCAUAAUAACCGUGAGCGUUUAUUGAACAAGAUGUGUGGUACUUUACCUUAUGUUGCUCCAGAACUUCUAAAGAGAAAAGAAUUUCAUGCAGAACCAGUUGACGUUUGGUCCUGUGGAAUAGUACUUACUGCAAUGUUGGCUGGGGAAUUGCCAUGGGACCAGCCCAGUGACAGUUGUCAGGAAUAUUCUGAUUGGAAAGAUAAAAAAACAUACCUCAACCCUUGGAAAAAAAUUGAUUCUGCUCCCCUAGCUCUGCUACAUAAAAUCCUAGUUGAGAAUCCAUCGGUAAGGAUUACCAUCCCAGACAUCAAAAAAGAUAGAUGGUACAACAAACUACUCAAGAAAGGAGCAAAGAGGCCCCGAGUCACUUCGGGUGGUGUAUCAGAGUCUCCUGGUGGAUUCUCUAAACACAUUCAAUCCAAUUUGGAUUUCCCUCUAGUAAACAGUGCUUCCAGUGAAGAAAAUGUGAAGUACUCCAGUUCCCAGCCAGAACCACGGACAGGUCUUUCCUUAUGGGACACCAGCCCGUUAUACAUUGAUAAACUGGUACAAGGGAUCAGUUUCUCCCAGCCCACGUGUCCGGAUCAUAUGCUUCUGAAUAGUCAGUUACUUGGCACCCCGGGAUCCUCACAGAACCCCUGGCAGCGCUUGGUCAAAAGAAUGACACGCUUUUUUACCAAAUUGGAUGCGGACAAAUCUUACCAGUGCCUGAAAGAGACUUGUGAGAAACUGGGCUAUCAAUGGAAGAAGAGUUGUAUGAAUCAGGUUACUGUAUCAACAACUGAUAGAAGAAACAAUAAACUGAUUUUCAAGGUGAAUUUGGUAGAAAUGGAUGAGAAGAUCUUGGUUGACUUCCGGCUUUCUAAGGGUGAUGGAUUGGAAUUCAAGAGACACUUCCUGAAGAUUAAAGGCAAGCUGAGUGAUGUUGUGAGCAGCCAGAAGGUCUGGCUUCCUGCCACCUGAUAGAGCCACCGGCUUUGGGAUUCCUGGUGAAUAUAGUGCUGCUAUGUUGACAUUAUUCUUCCUAGAGAAGAUUAUCCUAAUCUGCAAACAAUAGUCCCUGAAGAGUUGUCUCCCUCCUAGUCAACCAUUUUCCAAUUAUUUUGUAAUUUCUGCAUAAAAAUAAUACCUAUAUUUUAAUUGUAAAUAAGACUUUGGGGAAGGGAUAGAUAGAAUUCAUUAGAUACUUUUUCAUCUGUGUUUAGUGUCUGAAUUUGAGAUCCACCUGGUGAAAACCAAGCUUUGGGGAUAUAUGAGUUUACCAGCUUUUAUACCAAUAUAAUGAAAGAUAAUAUUCUUGUCUCAUUUUUACCAACACAUUUGGUUUUACCUAAAAAGUACAUAUUGCUUCCACCUUGAUUUAAGUGGAUGAAUUCGUGAUAAAAGGAAAUCCCUGUGGCUUUUGAACAGUAGAUUUAUCAGUCUGUGAAGUGAUCUUCAAAAAAAUGUAUCCCCAAGAUUGGUACUCAUUUUCAGAAGGGCCUGGCCAGGUAUCUACACCCAUUAUUGAAUUAUAAUUAUUCUUUGGAAUUACAAGUUGGUAUGUUUUUUCCAUUAUAGUUAAUAAAAUAUAAAUAUAAAAUGCUGGUUGGUCUUUCAAGUAGAAGUUGAGCAUAAACUCUAGUGCAUAACUACCUUUAAAAUUACUGUUGCACAUUUUAAAUAUUUUUCUAUAUUCUCUACUUUCACAGCCAUAUUUUAAUUCUUUAUUACAGAAAUAAAUUCUAUUUUGAAAAUAAAUAA